GGGGCAGUUUCAGCAGCGGCUGCGUGUGGGGGAAGAAACAAAACCUGCGGGUCGAAAUCGGGUCGGGCUGACUCCACCUUCCAGAGGGCGAGCCCCGACCUCUGCGGCCAGCUCCGCGGCAGCCACGGCCCGCCGAUCUGCCCGCGCGCGGCGGGGUCGCGGGGCGCCGGCGGGACCCGCCCCGAGCUCCAUGGUUCGCCCGGCCCCGCGCGAUGCCGACUCUGCGCGCCGAGCCUGGCGCGGGGCGAGCCCGCCGCUCGCACCAUGAGGGCGGGGAGCGCGGCGGGUGGCCGCCAGGGGCUGUCUCCGCGACCCCGGCGCCCAGACGAGCGGCCCCACGGCCUGAGCCCGGAAAACGCCAACAAGUAGUUGCUCAGUGGAGCAGGGCGGCGCGGCUGGGUGUCGGGACGCAGCCCGGCCGCCGGGAGAAGCUCGUCCCCGCGGAAACCCAAGCUCAGCCACUUUUAUCUCGGUCUCGCUAAGUCAUGUCUGAGCCACAGAGAUGGGCAAGAUCGAGAACAACGAGAGGGUGAUCCUCAAUGUCGGGGGCACCCGGCAUGAAACCUACCGCAGCACCCUGAAGACCCUGCCCGGGACCCGCCUGGCCCUGCUCGCCGCCUCCGAGCCCCAGGGCGACUGCUUGACGGCGGCGGGCGCCCCGCUGCAGCCCGCGCCCCCUCCGCGCUCGCCGCCGCCGCGACCUCCCCCGCUGUCCCCGGGCCCCCGCGGCUGCUUCGAGGGCGGCGCGGGCCACUGCAGCCCCCGCGGCGGCGGCAAUGACCACCCCGGGGGCGGCUGCGAGUUCUUCUUCGACCGGCACCCGGGCGUCUUCGCCUACGUGCUCAACUACUACCGCACCGGCAAGCUGCACUGCCCCGCCGACGUGUGCGGGCCGCUCUUCGAGGAGGAGCUGGCCUUCUGGGGCAUCGACGAGACGGACGUGGAGCCCUGCUGCUGGAUGACCUACCGGCAGCACCGCGACGCCGAGGAGGCGCUGGACAUCUUCGAGACCCCCGACCUCAUGGGCGGCGACCCGGGCGACGAGGAGGAGCUGGCGGCCAAGAGGCUGGGCAUCGAGGAGGCCGCGGGCCUGGGGGGCCCCGACGGCAAGUCUGGCCGCUGGAGGAGGCUGCAGCCCCGCAUGUGGGCGCUCUUCGAAGACCCCUACUCCUCCAGAGCCGCCAGGUUUAUUGCUUUUGCUUCUUUAUUCUUCAUCCUGGUUUCAAUCACUACCUUUUGCCUGGAGACUCAUGAAGCUUUCAAUAUUGUGAAAAACAAGACGGAACCAGUCAUCAAUGGCACAAGUGUUGUUCUACAGUAUGAAAUCGAAACGGAUCCUGCCUUGACCUACGUAGAAGGCGUGUGUGUGGUGUGGUUUACUUUUGAAUUUUUAGUCCGUAUUGUUUUUUCCCCCAAUAAACUUGAAUUCAUCAAAAAUCUCUUGAAUAUCAUUGACUUUGUGGCCAUCCUACCCUUCUACUUGGAAGUGGGACUCAGUGGGCUCUCAUCCAAAGCUGCUAAGGAUGUACUUGGCUUCCUCAGGGUGGUAAGAUUUGUGAGGAUCCUGAGAAUCUUCAAGCUCACCCGCCAUUUUGUAGGUCUGAGGGUGCUUGGACAUACUCUUCGAGCUAGUACUAAUGAAUUCUUGCUGCUGAUAAUCUUCUUGGCUCUGGGAGUUUUGAUAUUUGCUACUAUGAUCUACUAUGCCGAAAGAGUAGGCGCUCAACCUAAUGACCCUUCAGCUAGUGAGCACACGCAGUUCAAAAACAUCCCUAUUGGGUUCUGGUGGGCUGUGGUGACCAUGACUACAUUGGGCUAUGGGGAUAUGUACCCCCAAACUUGGUCAGGGAUGCUGGUAGGAGCCCUGUGUGCUCUGGCUGGAGUGCUGACAAUAGCCAUGCCGGUACCUGUCAUUGUCAACAACUUUGGGAUGUACUACUCCUUGGCAAUGGCGAAGCAGAAACUUCCACGGAAAAGAAAGAAGCACAUCCCUCCUGCCCCUCAGGCAAGCUCACCUACUUUUUGCAAGACCGAAUUAAAUAUGGCCUGCAACAGCACACAGGGUGACACCUGUCUGAGCAAAGACAAUCGACUUCUGGAACAUAAUAGAUCAGUGCUAUCAGGUGAUGACAGUUCGGGACGUGACUCGCCAUUAUCACCCCCCGAAAGGCUUCCUAUCAGACGCUCUAGUACCAGAGACAAAAACAGAAGAGGGGAAACGUGUUUCCUACUGACGACAGGGGAUUACACGUGCACUUCUGAUGGAGGGAUCAGGAAAGGAUAUGAAAAAUCUCGAAGCUUAAACAACAUAGCGGGCUUGGCAGGCAAUGCUCUGAGGCUUUCUCCAGUAACAUCACCCUACAACUCUCCUUGUCCUCUGAGGCGUUCUCGAUCUCCCAUCCCAUCUAUCUUGUAAACCAAACUGCACCAGUCGGCUAAAUUGUAUUACUUCAAGUACUGUCUACUCUAUAAUGGAAAUAAUUAAACAUAGAAUUUCUCCGGCCUCCAUUAAUACAGUACAAAUCUGCAUGAUGUUAUUUGAAGUCAGCAAAUGCCAUGUGGGUAGCUAACGAAUCUUAUCCUGGUUUUAAAGGCAAUCUAAAGUAGUGGUACUAUUUCUCCAUAUGAAUUGCCCAGAUUUCCUUUCACAAUAAAAUAACAGGUAGUAUCAGAUACUGGCCAGUACACUAAUACACAAACAUAUUUUCAGGGAGAUAUAUUUAAAACUGUGCUUCCAAAUGCCAGCCACUUCACUGGACCAUCAUUUCUUUGACUCUCUAAACCAUUCUGAAGAUGUCUGGGAUCCUGUCUUGCUUGCAUACAACAUGACUUUGGUCAGCUCAUUUGCAUGGACCAUCUUGUCUCUAUCACCUGAAAGCAGUGUCACAGAGUUCAGAGACCAUGGAGGCUCAGGGUAUGUGUACUUGCAUCAAACCAUCCUGCUGAUAUGAAACUGGUUGACUGUUCUGCAUGUUGAAUGGUGGGGCAGGGAGGGCAAGUUUCUCUGACAUUUUUUAUUCUGUGAAAGACAUAUUUGUUUUAAAUAGCUUAAUUUCUUGAUUGAUUUACCUUUCUUCAAAAAUUAUGUAUUGGAGUUCUGAAUGUCUCUGGUUGUUUGCACACAGAUAACUACAAAGAGGUUGUCAUUACUGGUUACACGCAAGCCGAGGCCAGAUCCCUGACUUAAUGGCUUGGGGAAGGCACAAAACAUGAGAGACAGGUAACUGCCAGCCAGGCUUGCAUUGUUUAAACAGGAAUUGCUGCUUGAUACAAGAGUCAUUUUUAUUUAAAAUCUCACAAUUUGUCAUCGUUUUCAGAGGCAGAGUGCCAAAUAUUUCCCAAAGCUCUCAUGUCUUUUUUACCUCCUUCCUUUAUUUUUAUUUAUUAAUUUAUGUGCAAACAUCAAAGAGCAUUGUUGUUCACAUUUGGCUUUCUUGACUAGCCUUAGGUUUCUGACUUGCAAGAAUAAUCAGAUUUCAGUCAAUGUUUAAUCAGGUGCUUUGUCCUGAAUGUUGUUCUGUCUGUCUGUCUGUCUUAACUGUAUAUGUCAUCUGUCUCCAUAAAGCACAGAAAUGCCUUGAUAAGGUGUUCAUGAUUUUAGUCCUGGGUCUUCUCUCAUGUCCCUUGCCUUUUUGCUAUUUGAAACAGCUUCUCUGCUUCAUGUGUAAAUUAAGGAUGCCCUGUAGACUAAGUUAAUCAGUACUGUGAACCUUUCUGAAAAACAGGAAUUAGGCAACAGCAAUGUCACCAUUGCGUUUGGUUGCCUGCUGCAGUGUCCAUUUCUGCUACCAGCAUUCAUCUCUACAUUUCAGUGAAACCCUAGGGAGUCUUAUUCAGUCCAAGUGGAAGAAAUUCUGUUUCCACAUCCCCAUGAAUGCAAUAGUAAUAGUGUGUCUGGUGAAUUGGGUGUGUGAGGGAAGAAAAAUGCCAUAAUAUAUAUUUAGGGAUAAACAAUAUUUCUAAGGCAUUCAAGAUCAUUGAGAUGAUUGUUGAUUAAUUUCUAAUUCUUAUGUUUAUUUUUUGUUAGGAGGACAAUUAUCACUUUUAUUCUUGGCCACGUAACUUGUAUUACUCUAUAUCCCCAAGUUCUAGAGCAUGACCUGCAUGUCAGAGAUCUUGUACAGCAAUGUAUUUACCCAGACAUACAUAUCUGAUAUUUAGAGAUUCAGUGAUCCUCUUGAUAACACCACAUAUAGAAAAGCUAUAAUUGCACACAACUUUAUGGUAAAGGAAUUCAUAUGCUGUCUGGUGCUGCUGUUAUUGACUGUAGUGUUGCACAGAAUUUAUCAUGGAUUUUUGACUGAUGAAAAAGGGACAGUGGAAUUUAGCCAUAGCAAGGACUGUACUGGAAACAGACUUCUGCUAUUGAAUGUGCCCUGAGGUGACCAGAUUGCACUUGGAAGAUGUCCCGGCGUCUUCAUGCAGCAUGCAAAGCUCAUAAAAGAACUGUGGCUGGAACUCAUUUGGUGCUCCCCAUAGGAGUGGUCUGCUGUGGACUGGCCUGUGUCGGUGAAACAACUGUAAAUACCAACAUGUGUGCAUGGGUCAAUCGCAUUUGGCCAUCUCACAUCAAAAGAAGCCAAAUUCAUGAUCCACGUCUCUGAAGCUUCAAGUGUGGCCCAUACUUCUGUGAGUGACCCUCCAUUGGCCUGCGGUAGAUUGUGCUGUGAAUCAUACAAGGCAGUGAUUUGGGUGUAGUAUCAGUCUGUCUUAAUUUCCCUUAUUUCUCCUUUUUGGUUGGAUCCAUGAACAUGGACUGUAUAAUUUUCUUAUAAACCACUUAUGUUAUCAGCUUGUCAUAUUACGUUGUGAAUUUUUCAGUGCCUAUUUAUCAAAACUGACCUGUUUUUAGUCAUGUAUUUGUUUGAUUUUGGAAAAUUGCUAUGACAGAAAACACACACACUCAACAACAUUAUUCAUAGUCUUUUGUCAUUGUUACCUCAAUUAUAAAAACUAUAGAAAAAAUUCUGGCAAUGAGAGUAUUUUUUUACUAAAUGAUCAAGGAGCAAUGUUGGUAUAUAGUAGAAUAUUAAUCAAAUUAUAUCCUAAAAUGUAUAUUUUGCAUAAAAGAGAUAUUCUUCAAUCAAUUACUUUUUUGUGAGUUUUGUGACAAACAAAGCUUGUACUUGUCUUUAAAACUGUUGUUGCUGAAACUGUAUAAUUAUUCUUCAUCUUGCUUAAUCAAUAUUUCUAGAAUCUAUUUGUUCCCCUGGGAUUCUGAAUAUAACAUAUAACAUAGUUAUGAACCCCUGUAUUGUGGACCUUUUGUGAGCAUUUCGAGGUGCAUGUACAACCUUGGUGAUAACCACGAAAAUGUAACUAACUGAAAUGCAGAAUAAAAGGCAAAUAAGUUGGGGAUAAGCUUGAAUCUCAUCUGAUUAAAUUAUUCAUAUUCUUCUCUGUGUUUUGGAGUUUUCAACAGGCUUUAUUAUUUUUAUGCUUCAUGGUACCAAACAAGACACUCACACAUAAGAAAGAUAUUGGGAUGAAAGGAUUUAUAAAUAUACACAACUCGCUUUCAUUCAACUCUCAAGCAUGUAGCCAGUGUUUCUCUCUUCUAAGUAAUUUGUCUAUCUAAAUUUUCUUAUCAUUUGAGAUAGCCAAAUUAUGAAUUAUUAUGGUAUUUGAUAUUUA